CUCGAAAUUGGGUCUCCGAGAGUCGCAAAGGUUGGAAUCGGUCAAUGUUGGAUCCUGUGGAGUACAGCGAGCCAUGGUUAGCGUGGCCAGGUUUGGUGGUAUAAAUCCAUUCACAUCAUUUUGUGUCCCGUUAGCGUGCGAGGUGCGAGCAAAAUAGCAAGCAGACCUGAACCGAACGACGCCACCCAAAUCUCAGAGCUCACCGCGGAAAACUUGGCUAUAUCAUAUCCACACCUUCUGGAUUCAAACUUUUUUCUUUGAUCUUUCUUGUUUUUUUUUCCCAUCCCUUUCUCCGUUCUCCCCCCCCACCCCUCUUAUUCCCAGAGAAAAGCCAGAACCGGAGAAACAGAGAGAAGAGGAAGAAGAUAUGUCUGCAGCUCCUUCCAUCACUCCCAUAAAGAUUCAAAUCUCUCCUCCACCUCAUCGAUGUAAGUUCUCUUUAAAACCAUCCACCAUUGUUAGGAGCUCUAAAGCUGAGGGCCCUCCGAGGAGGCCUGCAGCUCCUCCUCUUCCAUCCCUCUCCCCAACUCCUCCCGUGAAACCAGCCACCCCAUCCCAGUCUCCUCGCAGGCGACCCGAAGCGGCGGUGGCGAUGGAGGAGGUGGUGACUUUGGAGUACCAGAGGAAGGUGGCCAAGGAGCUGCAGGAGUACUUUAAGCAGAAGAAGAUAGAGGAGGCAGAUCAGGGCCCCUUCUUUGGCUUUAUGGGCAAAAAUGAGAUCACAAAUGGCAGAUGGGCGAUGUUUGGGUUUGCUGUUGGAUUGCUAACAGAAUAUGCAACGGCCUCAGAUUUUGUUCAGCAGAUGAAGAUCCUUCUCUCCAAUUUUGGGAUUGUGGACUUGGAAUGAUGCUUCUUCAACAUCAAAUUGUAUACAAGUCGAAUCAGUCCAAUUCAACUUAUCGCAAUUGAUUAUUUUGAAUUCGAUCGAUUCUUGUUAAAUGGAUCAUUUGGACUGUCAUAUAUCACAUUUUCACUCUCUUUGAAUUAUAACAAUGUAAAGUUUCAUUGCUCUUUCUUUCUU